AUGGACACUUGCACGACACAGCAAGAGGCGAUCGCCAUUGUGAGUUUUGCCUGCCCUGCGCCAUUUCUGUGCGCAUGCUGCUGCUGCCGCUGCUGCUGCUGCUGCUGCUGCUUGCGUGGCAUUUGGUCGCCUGCUGACAGACACGUUGCUGAUCGCUUAUUGCAGGUGGGCAUUGCAUGCGAAUUUCCCUCCGGCAGGCACUCUGACCGAAACCUGGAUGCGGAUGCUUAUUGGAGCUUCCUGCGCGAAGGCAAGACUGCGUACGAGGAUAUCCCAAAUGCGCGCUUCAACGCCUCAGCAUGGCAUGGCAAGGGACCUGGAAAGGUCAUCACAUCGACGGCUUGCAUCAUGAAGCAUGCCGACAUGUUCGAUGCCGUCCAAUUUCACGUCUCUUCCGCCGAUGCCAGGGCGAUGACGGUGAGCACGCGCAAGCUCAUCGAGCUCAGUCACGUCGCGCUGCAGGAUGCUGGCAUCGAGCAUCGUGCAAGACCGGUGGGCGUGUACGCCGCUGGCGUCACCUACGACAUUCUCGCCAAUUCUGAUCACGACGAAUUUGAUGCUGCCGGAAGCGUUGCUGGCUACCCGAACGCUAUUGCCAAUCGGAUCUCCUUGGCACUCGACCUGCAUGGCCCCUCCAUUCCCAUCGACAAUGCCUGCUCCAGCACACUCACCGCCCUGCAUCUGGCUUUGCAAGGUUUGCGCUCUGGCGAUUGCGAGAGCGCACUGGUUGCCGGCUGUCAAUUCAACUCUCGGUGCGUGCCUCACUUGGCAUCUGAUCUCGUCUCGCGUUGAAGAUGGUGCCGCUGACCCUGCUCGAGACGGCAAUCUUGUGUGCCUGUGCGGCGCCUUAAGGAUCGAGGAGUUCAUACAGCUCACGCAAGCCCAAGUGCUAUCGCCGGACGGCAUGUGCAAGCCAUUUGAUGCAGAUGCAGACGGCUUUGGCAAGUCUGAUGGAGCAGCAGUCGUCUGUCUCAAGCCCUUGUCUGCAGCAAUCAGGGACGGCGAUCACGUCUAUGCCCAAAUUCUUGGAAGCGCAUUGACCACCAAUGGCGCUGCAGUCACAGUCAACGCCCCCUCUGCAGCUCAUCAAAAGGCAGCGAUAGAGCGAGCAUACUUGCAAGCUGGUCGCGAUCCGGCCGAGUGUGAUUACGCAGAGCUACACGCGACGGGCACAGCUGUGGGCGAUCCAAUCGAAGCGAAUGCUGUGGGAGAAGUGUUGGGAAGAAAUAGGAUGGGAAGACCGCUGGUGCUUGGCAGUGUCAAGGGGAAUAUGGGGUGAGUCGUGGGUGCUUUUCCAUCCACAGAAACAUCAUUCGUCGUGUGCUGAUUUGUGCUUCUUACUGCGCCGGCCGGGCCACGGCUACGCAUCAGACAUUUGGAGAACACGGCAUUUCUGGCGUCGCUACUCAAGUGCAUCUACAUGCUAAGAGAUCGCGUCAUUCCACCUCAGGCCAACCUGAAGAGGUUGAACCCGCGCAUCGACUGGCGGAGACAUAAUAUGCGGCUUGCUGUGCCAAACGAGCAGCUCGAAGGCGGCGAACAGCCCCUCAUUUCGCUUUCUAGCUUUGGUAUUGGAGGCACAAACGGCCAUGUGGUUGUGCAAGCUCAUGCACAGGGCUCCCAAGACGAGAGCGAAGCGCUCGCUGACGCAUCGGCAGCUCAAGACGAGAUUAACUUCAUGGAGGAGCCAGUCUUGCUGAUAUUGGGCGCCCUCUCACCCAAGGCUUUUCACAAGAUCAUCGCGGGGCUCAAGGAGCAGCUGAGCGAAGCGAGCGCUGCCAGCACACGAGACAUGCUGCCGUGGAAGGAUGUGAGCUCUCUGACGACAAGAUUAGCUCGGCAAGCGCGGCAAUGCACAUGGAGGGCGAGCAAAGUCGUACAGCUGGCGGAUCUUUGCUCAGGCGACUGGAAAGUGUCCAUGCCGGAACCUGUACUGGUGCCUCGAAUCCCUGCUCCUCUUGUUCUAGUCUUUUCAGGUCAGGGUCCUCAACAUUGGCGCAUGGGCUACGAUCUAUUCAGGCGAUUCAGGCACUUCCGCCAAACUGCUCUCGAGCUCGACGAGGUGCAUCGCUCCAUGACAGGCAUCUCCCUGAUUCACGACGUCGGCCUUUUCGAUUCGCAGCAAAGUGCCAAGGCGGAGCAGCUUGCCGCAAUUGAAUGGCCGGCCCGCCUAAUCUUCCCUUCUCUGACCCUCUUUCAAUGCGCACUCUUCGACACUCUGGUCGCCAUUUUGGGCAGACAGCCCGACGUUGUGGUCGGACACUCGGCAGGAGAAGCAGCUGUGCUGUACGCCUCUGGCUCCGCGACGCGGCAGCUGGCCAUGCAGGUUGCAGUGCUCAGAGGGCGCCACAUGUCUGCCGCGGAAACGCUCGGCGCUGGUAUGUUAGCGCUAGCUUGCGAUGAGAGGACUGCUUUGGGGCUCGUCGAAGCUGUAUCAGGUUCCCCCAAAGGCGAAAGCGAAAGCGUGGGACUGAGUGUCGCCGCCUACAACUCUGCCACCGCCGUAGCGCUCUCUGGGCCUCGGGUCGCGCUGGAACUUGUGGCGCAAGAGGCAGCAAAGCGAAGCAUUCGAGCCAAUGUCCUGCGCACAAAAGUGCCUUCUCAUUCGUCCUGGAUGGAAAUCUGCAAAGAAGAAUUCUUGGCUGAAGCUCGAGUUCUCUUUGCAAAUGAAGCUGCCUGCUUCCGGCGCCCGCAGAUCAAAACCUUCUCCUCCGUCACUGCCUCGCCGAUGCUGGACAGCUUCAGCGUGGAAUAUCUGUGGCAAAAUAUUCGCCAGCCCGUCCAAUUUCACCAGGCCAUCUCCGCGAUCGGUCGGAUGCAUCCAGGCGCAACCUUCUUCGAGAUCAGCCCACAUCCAGUCCUGCUUCCCUACGUUGCAGAGUCUGUAGCAGGAUCUGCGACACUGGCAAGUGCGCGCCGGCCCGACAAGCAGGGCCGUUCCCUCGAGGUAAAGACGUUCAUGGACUCGAUCGGCAGACUUUGCACUCAGGGGCAUGGCAGCCUCCGAAGCGAGCAUUUGACGUGGGGCAUUUCCGCCACCAGAAGCCGAGACGUAUUUCCAGCCAUGCCCUACCCAUUCGAGCGACAAGCCUUUCCGAUCUAUGCUGAACACGCUUCGCAGCGUCGCAAGCUGUUCCAGAGUCAGGGUCCACUCUGCCAUCCUCGCUUGCGAAUGAGCAGAGCGACCCAUCCGCUGUUGGCGGAACACGUAGUCCAAGGAGAGCCAAUCGUUCCGGCAGCCGCCUUUCUCGAAAUGGCUUUGGAGUUCGGAGCGAACACAUUGUAUCGAUGCUCUUUUGCGUCCAUGCUCAGCAUCCCACGAGAUCGACCCUCCACGAUCGAAGUCAGCUUGGAUGGGGCCAGGUGGGCUGUGAGAACUCAGCGCCCCGCAUUAGGCCAUCGACUAGACGCAGGAUCCGAGUGGGACGCCCUGCAAGGUGGUCCGUUCAACGUCGUGCAUGCACAAGGUUUCCUUUCGCGCGCGCCGCACACGUCGAGCGGAGGCGCCGUGGUAGAGAAGGUGGACCUGCAGGCUCUUCGCUCGACUCUUGAUGUUGGUGAUAUCAAGGCGCUAUAUGAGCGAGGAUGGAACCACACCAUGAGCUACGGUCCACGCUUCAGGCGCAUGCAGAAGCUUUGGGUGGGCAAUGACGAUGUUCUUGCGGUGAUUGACGGUGCCGGGGAUGAACAGGUGAUGCAGGAUGGCUACGUCACGAGUCCAGCUGUGGUGGAUUGCGCCCUUCACCCGCUCCUGCAUUUCGUCGUCGGCAAGAAUGGGCUGGCCAGUCCGCCUUCUGCUUAUUACCUUCCAUCAUCUGUCGAACGCGUAUUGCUGCAUCCUGCCUAUUCGGAGGGUCAGAGGGACAUGCGAUCGGAUGUGGCGAGUUGGUCGCAUUUGGUGAGCUGGCGUCUGGAUCACUUUAUUGCGGACCUCUGCAUCCUGGCUCUCGAUGGUACACCUUUGAUCACCUUCGAAGGGCUCAAGCUGGCGCGUCAUAGCGCAGUUUCAGCAAGUCCGGAGCAAGCUCAUGAAAUGGUAUGGAUGCCACUAGCAUCUGCUCCUGAGCGAACAAAGACAGAGCGAAAGGAAGAGAUUGUGUUUCGCUUGCCUACAUCGACUCGGGGUCUUUCGGAGGAAGAAGCUGCGAUGCUGGACAACAAGGCGCGCAGCGUUGGUCGGAGGAUUUUGUCGCGCAGAACGCCCGAUGAGCUGGUGAGUAGGCCUGCCCUUAGAGUUGACCUGCGUGCAGCCAACAAAGACCAAUCACACCAUUUCGUACUCGCUAGUUUAAACUUGGUGUCCGCGCCUCUGUCUUGUUGGAGGCGACUCACACGGCCACCCUCACUCCGACGCUUGGAAUCACUCAGACACUCGAAGCGAAUCUCAGUAGUCGGUACUACGUACACGCAGACGCACUCGAGCUUCUAGAACACUUUGUGGAUUCGCACGAAGAUGGCGAGGUGAGCUCAGAUCGCGCUUUGUGGUCCUGUUCUGUGGAUACUAACUAUGAACGUGCCCUUUCCCCAACGUGACUAGCGAUCUUUCCAGACAUAUCUUUCUCAUCCUGUCAUACGGAGGCACCUCGCGGCAGAGGCCGAAGAGGCGAGCGUAGAAGAUGUACAGCGCUGCCUGGAAGACCUGCUAGAUCAGUUUGAGGCUGCCGGGCGGCGCUCCAUCCGUAUUCUAGAGAUUGGCUGCAACAACGGAGAGCUGACAUUGCCGUUGUGCAAAUUGCUCACGAGACGUCAGCCAUCCUCUGCGUCCGUCGUCGCACUGACCAUUACAGACGAGUCUGCACAGCGCGCUUCUACAACCCAUUCCGCAACCACCUGGGAGUAUGCUGUCGCCUCGCCGUUCAACCCGUUCCAGCCAGUCUUUGAACAGCCACAGCUCGAGCCAGGGUCCUUUGACGUUGUGGUUGGCUUUGAACCUGCGGCGCUCAGCGGAGGAUCAAUGGAAAGCCGCUGGUUGGAGAUUUCUGCGCUAAAAAACCUCCAGCUCUUGCUGGCUCCCGGAGGACAUCUCGUCCUGCUGGCUCCCGAUCCAGCUCGGGGGCGCACCAUCAAGCCGAAUGCUCCGGGUAGCGUGUUUCGGGACGUGCUUUCCGCCGUCCUUUCUUCCCAGGCUCCGUCGCGCUCCCCGGACGGCGUUUCGCCGCUGCCGCUGGCGGGUCAGGGCGUGCCAAGUUUGCUCGAAGACGUCGAAGGCUACACGAAAUCCACUACGCUGGAUGCGCGCACAGGAACUCCGUCUCGCAACACCCCGUAUCAGUUGCAUAUCGCACAAAAGGCAGACAUUCCCCAGCCUUUGGCACAGGUGGACUCGUACGCCUAUAGUAUGGGCGAGGAAAUGGCGUUACGGCGCAAAUUGGAAUCGUCCGAAACUUCCAGGAAGUCGCCACUGUGGAUUACAACCACCAACGUACUCGACUUUGGUGCAGCCGUCGGUAUCGCCAGGUGCCUGCGCGCUGAACGGCCCGAUAUCCACCUUUCAGUGACGCAAAUCCCGUCAGAGUGGACCGAGCAGGCUGGCAAGGAUGCUCUGCAGCGCCUCGCUGCCAAUGCAGUCAGCGGCACCGAGAUUCAGCUCGAUGCGGACGGAAUAGCACAUGUUCCGGCUCUCGUCGCUAAUCCGACACCCUUACCGGGAAGACUUCGCACUGCAUCGAUCGCGACGAGCACUGUGCGCUCACCCGCGGUCAAACCAGUGUGGACGGACCGGCGUCUUACUCUUUUGCGCGACGACGCCCAUGUUCCUGCUCACUACAGCGCGGCGUCAAGCCAUGAAGACCAUGUCGUCUUUGACGACUCCAUUGCGAAAAGCCGCGCAGUGAUCGGAAUAGCGUCUGUUGCUCGCACGAUGCAUGCGUGGACAGGUGGAUUGACACUGCCAAGUCAAAGACCCCGCGUUCUGCUACUCGACGAUGGAUCGCCGGAGGCUCUCGGUGCGAAGUGGGCUCUCCGGAUGGCAUGCGAUGAAAAUCAAAUACACGUGUGCGCGAUUCCCGCGCACGCUGACGAGGUGGCUCUAGUGUGGGAGAUCAGCAGCGAAGUGGACGGUGCAACGUUCGAUAUGAUUCUUGCUGGGUCGAUGACCAGAGAGCUGAGCCAGAUUGCGGAAGAGGUCCUGCUUUCGAGAGGUGCAACCAUCUAUCCCUGGAACGAGCGAGAUGCUGGCCUCGCUUUCGACCUUUUCGCCCGCUCGCCAAUGGUACACGCUACCCUCGCUGACUUUGUGGCUCGCCACGGGUGGCUACCGACAGAUAUUACGCCUGCUCCCUCGGGUGUCCUUGGCCACUUAGACGCUGGGCACCAGCUCUCUGGGGAAGGCCUGUUCGAUGCCUCGAAAGCAUACAUCCUCAUUGGGGGAGUCGGCGGUCUCGGUGUUGAGCUGGCCGCUUGGAUGGUGAGGCAAGGGGCAAAGCACAUCCUCCUCACCUCGCGCUCUGGCCACGAGUAUUUCCGCUCGACGGACGACGAGAACGUCCGCGCGAGGCGCACCCUCGGUGCCAUGCGCUCCGAGCAGGGCACCCGCAUCGACGUCGUAGCUUCAGAUGCCACGGACGAGACAGCAAUGCGUUCGGCAAUAUCUUCAAUCACCUCGGAAGGCAUCACCAUUGGGGGCGUCGUCGUCAUGCCAGUGGUCUUGAACGAUGCCCUCUUCGAGUCUCAGACCUCAGAGUCCUUUCAGAAUAUGUUCAACAUCAAGUUGCGGCCACUUUUGAACUUGGAAAAGGUUUGCGAUCUGGGAAAGGUAGAUUUCGUCGCCUUUUUCUCUUCGGUUGCUGCUCUGGUUGGCAAUCCGGGUCAGAGCAAUUACGUUGCGUGAGUAAACCUCUUUAUCUCGCAAGCGGAGUCUGAAUAUGAAUGGGCGAUAACGGGCGAUCGACUAAUGACCCUUGUUCACCCUGGCAGUGCCAACAUGGCUGGAGAGGCUUUUGUGCGCAGGCAUCGCUCGGCGUUUGCGAUUGCCGUUCCAGGCAUUUCGGACGUCGGAGUCCUUGCUCGUCACGUCGGAAAGAGCUCGAGACUAGCUGACUUGAUUAGCUUGAGCAUGACGGCUGAAGGUGAGGCGGCCCGCUGUUGCUUUCACUAGCCACAGGUAGAUGCUGACACAAAUCCCGUCUAUUGUAGCCUUCUUUCAAAGCUUUGGCGAUGCUGUCAAACGCUCCAGGAAGCGCAACGUUGAUUUGUACAUUCCCGACCUCGCUUGGCCAGCGACGCGCUCUGCUUUGGCCAAGUCUGGAUCACGCCUACCUCUUCGGUGUCGCGCAAUCAUGGGUCGUGACGCGAUCGCAGGCACUCUGGAUCCGCAUGGAAAUGGGGAUGGCAAGAGUAAAUUCGACAUUGCACCGCUGAUAGCAGACGCUCUGGGUACCGACGAGGAAAUAGAUCCCUUGCUGCCCUUUGCGGCCUAUGGUCUUGAUUCCUUGGCUGCGACGCGGCUUUCUUCUGCCAUCAAAGCGAACACGGGCGUCCAAGUCUCACAAAUACAAUUACUUGGAGGUCUUUCGAUAGAGGGCCUCGUUGAGAUGCUGGAAAGCUUGCAGGCUGCGAAAACUGCCGCGGCAGGAGCUCCAGACGCGGACGGGGUCGGGCAUGGAGCAAGAGGAGGUGGAGUCACUACCGAAACUCGCGUCAAAGAGCUGCAAGGCGUGGGCUCGAAAUAUCUCAAAGCACUUGUGAAACUUCGAGAUGGGGAAGGAUCUCCAAUCGUCCUCCUCCAUGAUGGAGGCGGAGGUGUUCAACUUUUUCACCGUUUGCCUUUGGACCUCCAAGCGCCUCUUUGGGCAAUACAAGUCACCGAAGAGGUCCCAUACGACGAGGAUUUGCUCGAAGUCGCACGAUACUACAUCUCACUGCUGGAUGCCGAUCAAGAAUUGUCCUUUCACCAAGCGCCAUGGCGCAUCGCUGGCUUCUCCGCCUCUUCAGCAAUCGCGCUCUGCAUGGCCCGAAUUUUGGAAGCACGAGGCUCACCUCUGGGACAACUCGCUUUGAUCGAUAAUUCGCCGACGCUGCUUGCGUGUCCUCAUCUCGUCAUGUCGACAACGCAGGCAAGCAUGAAACGAGAGGAACAUGUUGUUCGUGCCCUCGAAACCGUGGCGAGGUGCAGCGAGCUCGACCCCGGUGCGGACGGCAGCGGCAAAAAGUUUGCCUCUGCCCUCUGGACGCUAGCAGCGCGCCGUCGACAACAGUGGACAUCUCCUGCGACGACGCCGACCUCGCAAACCCCUUCCGUUGCCCCUGCCAGCGUGAACAUCGAUCUAAAGGAUGACGCGUUUCUAAACACCUUUUGCCAGCGACUCGCUCAAAGUUCGGAAAUGGUGUACAAGGCCGCGGCGCGCUUUGCUACAAAUAGGGAUGCCUCCCCAGCCCUUCAUCAAGCAGUCGACGACAAGCCGAUCGACUUUGCCCCCUUGUUCAAGUGGCUGGGCCAGAUCAGUACACCGGUCGUGCUGUUUGUGGCGGAAAGAGGUCUGCUUCGAGGCCAGGGACCAACAUUUGACCCGUUCGAGCAGGAGUAUGCAGACUUUGGCAUCAGCAAGCAUCUCGGCCUCUCUCCACACAUCGUCUACAUAGAAGGCACGGGCCACUACGACAUUCUCUCCUCUUCAAAGCUUGCGCUGGAGCUCUCGAACGGUGCCAUCGCUCCGGGCGCAUAG